GCCCGCGGGGGAGCAGCGGCGGGGGGGGAGAAACCCGGGCUGAGGAGGCGGCUGCGGGAAGUGGGCUGCGGCGGGCCCGCGGCGUCGGGCGGUGCGGAUGUCGGGCUGGGCGGACGAGCGCGGCGGUGAGGGCGACGGGCGCAUCUACGUGGGCAACCUUCCGACCGACGUGCGUGAGAAGGACCUCGAGGAUCUGUUUUACAAGUACGGUCGCAUCCGCGAGAUUGAGCUCAAGAACCGGCACGGCCUCGUGCCCUUCGCCUUCGUGCGCUUCGAGGACCCGCGACACGGUCUUAGAGCUCUGACUGGCCGGAACUCGAACUCACAGAGAUCAGCUUGCCUCUGGCUCCCAUUGCUGGUGACAGAUGCUGAGGAUGCCAUCUAUGGAAGAAACGGUUAUGACUACGGCCAGUGUCGACUCCGGGUGGAAUUCCCCAGGGCUUAUGGAGGUCGGGGAGGGUGGCCCCGAGCCUCGAGGAACGGGCCUCCUACAAGACGAUCAGAUUUCCGAGUUCUUGUUUCAGGGCUUCCUCCAUCCGGCAGCUGGCAGGACCUGAAGGAUCACAUGCGCGAAGCUGGGGAUGUCUGUUAUGCAGACGUACAGAAGGACGGAAUGGGGAUGGUUGAAUAUUUGAGGAAAGAAGAUAUGGAAUAUGCUCUGCGGAAACUGGAUGACACCAAAUUCCGCUCUCACGAGGGUGAGACUUCGUACAUCCGGGUGUAUCCUGAGAGGGGCACCAGCUAUGGCUGCUCACGGUCUCGGUCGGGGUCCAGGGGCCGUGACUCUCCAUACCAAAGCCGGGGCUCGCCACACUACUUCUCUCCGUUCAGGCCCUACUGAGGCGGCGGCGGGAGGGCUCCCUUCAGGUUUUCUUGAAGAGCUGAGCUGCUUUGUGCUCAGUGUCUACAUUCCAGAUCGAUAACUUAGCGUCUUAGGAAAUUCCUUAAUUUCUUUCCCCCCCCUUUUUUUUUUCUUUUUUAAGGAGCUACGUAAUUUCGACCAGAGCCACUGUGCUAGCAGGGACAUGUUUUAGACUGCAGAGAUAGAAGUCAUGGCUUUGGUUCAGGAACAAGUUGUAUAUUUUUUCACCCCUGAUUAUGGGACAGAAAUCAGUGCUGCAUCUUUAUGGGUUGCUCUGCUCUGGAGAUCAGCAGCCACACGGCCGAGUCGCCCACUGUGUUUAGAAAUAUAUUUUAAAUGUUUAGUAA